GGGGCGCUGCCUCCUGGGCCGUCAGCGCCGCCGCGGUGAGGGGCCCGCGGGCCGCCCGCCCGCCCGCCUCGCCGGCGCCAUGAAGCGGCAGAGCGAACGCGAGUCGAGCCCGGGCGGGCGCAGCUCGUCAUCGUCCGCAAAGCGGCCGCGGGAGCGCGAGCGGGAGGCGGAGGCGGGCGGGCGGCGGGCGGCGCACAAGGCCUCCGGCGGCGGCGGCGGCAAGCACCCGGCGGCGGCCCGGGUCCGUGACAAGCCCCGCGGCAGCGGCGGCGGCGGCGGCGGCGGCGGCCACCGGGACGGCCGCGGCGCCGGGGACGCGAACCACCGCGCGGGCGGCGGGCGCUCGUCGGGCUCGGGCGGCGGCGGCGGCGGGGGCCGGGCCGGCAAGGCCUCGGGGGACCCGGGCGCGUCGCCCCGCGCGUCGCCGCUGCCGCCGCCGCCGCCGCCGCCGCCGCCGCCGCCGGGCGCCGAGCCCGCGGGCCCCGGCUCGGCCAGCGCGCCCGAGUACAAGACGCUGCUCAUCAGCAGCCUGAGCCCCGCGCUGCCCGCCGAGCACCUGGAGGACCGGCUCUUCCACCAGUUCAAGCGCUUCGGCGAGAUCAGCCUGCGCCUGUCGCACACGCCCGAGCUGGGCCGCGUGGCCUACGUGAACUUCCGGCACCCGCAGGACGCGCGCGAGGCGCGGCAGCACGCGCUGGCCCGCCAGCUGCUGCUCUACGACCGGCCGCUCAAGGUGGAGCCGGUGUACCUGCGCGGCGGCGGCGGGGGCGGCGGCGGCGGCGGGGGCCGGCGGAGCAGCAGCAGCAGCAGCGCCGCCGCCGCCGCCUCCACGCCGCCCCCCGGGCCGCCCGCGCCCGCCGACCCGCUGGGCUACCUGCCGCUGCACGGCGGCGGCGGCGGCGGCGGCUACGCCUACAAGCAGCGCUCGCUGUCGCCCGUGGCCGCGCCGCCCCUGCGCGAGCCCCGCGCGCGCCACGCCGCCGCCGCCGCCGCCGCCGCCGCCGCCUUCGCCCUGGACGCCGCGGCCGCCGCCGCCGCCGCCGGCCUGUCCCGCGAGCGCGCCCUCGACUACUACGGGCUCUACGACGAGCGCGGCCGCCCCUACGGCUACCCGGCCGUGUGCGAGGAGGACCUGAUGCCCGAGGACGACCAGCGCGCCACGCGCAACCUCUUCAUCGGGAACCUGGACCACAGCGUGUCGGAGGUGGAGCUGCGGCGCGCCUUCGAGAAGUACGGCAUCAUCGAGGAGGUGGUGAUCAAGAGGCCGGCGCGCGGCCAGGGCGGCGCCUACGCCUUCCUCAAGUUCCAGAACCUGGACAUGGCGCACCGGGCCAAGGUGGCCAUGUCCGGCCGGGUGAUCGGCAGGAACCCCAUCAAGAUCGGCUACGGCAAGGCCAACCCCACCACCCGCCUCUGGGUGGGCGGCCUGGGGCCCAACACCUCCCUGGCCGCGCUGGCCCGCGAGUUCGACCGCUUCGGCAGCAUCCGCACCAUCGACCACGUCAAGGGCGACAGCUUCGCCUACAUCCAGUACGAGAGCCUGGACGCGGCCCAGGCGGCCUGCGCCAAGAUGCGGGGCUUCCCGCUCGGCGGGCCCGACCGCCGGCUGCGCGUGGACUUCGCCAAGGCGGAGGAGACGCGCUACCCGCCGCAGUACGCGCCCGCGCCGCUGCCCGUGCACUACGAGCUGCUGGCCGACGGCUACGCGCGCCACCGCGGCCUCGACGCCGACCUGCGCGUGCGCGACCGCACCCCGCCGCACCUCCUCUACUCGGACCGGGACCGGACCUUCCUGGAGGGCGACUGGCCGGGCCUGGGCAAGGGCUCGGACCGCAGGACCAGCCUGGAGGGCUACGGGCGCUCGGCGCGCAGCCGCAGCGGGGAGCGCUGGGGCGCCGACGGGGAGCGCGCGCCGCCCAAGCCCUGGGAGGAGCGGCGCAAGCGCCGCAGCCUGUCGGGCGAGCGCGCGCGGGCCGCCCACUCCCCCUACGAGGAGCGCGGCAGGACCAAGGGCGGGGGCCCGCCCGAGCGCGCCGAGCGCACGCCCGAGCGCGGCGGCCGCAAGGAGAACCACGCGGGCGACGCCGCCAAGGACGGCGCGGGCGGCGGCGCCGCGCUGAGCAACAGCCGGCACGCGGCCGAGGAGCGCGGCGGCCACCACCACCACCACCACCACCACCACGGCGACGCGGGCGCGGGCGCCGCCGCGGACGGCAAGAAGGCGCGCGAGGCCGAGCGCAACCACCGGACCGCGGAGGCCGCCGAGGCGCGCGCGGCCGAGGAGCCGCGGCGCGAGGCGCGGAGGCCCGCCACGCUGGGCGAGUUCGCGCAGACGCUGCCGCUGGGCUGGCGCGGGCUGCUGGUGCUCAAGAACAGCUGCUUCCCCACCUGCAUGCACGUGCUGGAGGGCGACCCCGCCGUGCUGGGCGCGCUGCUCCGCGACCACGCGUCCGGCGGCAAGCUCACGCAGCUCAAGAUCGCGCAGCGCCUGCGGCUGGACCAGCCCAAGCUGGACGAGGUGACGCGCCGCAUCCGGCAGGGCAGCCCGCACGGCUACGCGGUGCUGCUGGCCACGCAGGCGCAGGCGCAGGCGCAGGCGGCCGGCGCGGGGCCCGGCGCCGAGCCCGGCGCGCCCGCCGUGGAGCCCGGCCUGCAGCGCCGCCUGCUGCGCAACCUCGUCUCCUACUUGAAGCAGAAGCAGGCGGCCGGCGUCAUCAGCCUGCCGGUGGGCGGCUCCAAGGGCCGCGACAGCACGGGCAUGCUCUACGCCUUCCCGCCCUGCGACUUCUCGCAGCAGUACCUGCAGGCCGCCCUGCGGACGCUGGGCAAGCUGGAGGAGGAGCACAUGGUGAUCGUGAUCGUGCGGGACGCGGCCUAGCCCGGCUGCCCCGCGCCCCGGCCCCGGACACUUCCCGAGCAGACCCUGGGGGCGCGGGAUGGGCGCGCAGGGGCUUUGUUUGGUUUUUUACAACGGGGAGGAGGAAGGGACCCUGGUCCGGCGGCCGCUGGCGCGCGAGCUGCUGUCUGCUGUAGUGACCGUGGGAGCUGUCAGCCAAGCCUGGUCGGAGGACGCGAUUGCGAGCUGCUCCGGGUCCUGGCGUCUGCGGGCAGAGGGGCGGGAAGGCGGCCUGGGCGGUGAUCGGGGAGCAGGCGGGAAAGCCACAGCUGUGACCACAAACGCAGCCGCGCGUCCUUCUCCACAGCGGAAGGCCAACACGCACGCACCACCACGUCCAUGCGGUUCUUCAAGGCGGCAAUGGAGGCAGUGCUUGUUGGAGCCAGGGCAGAGCCGUCUUCCGGGCCUGGGAAAGUGAAGCUUGCUCUGGGAGUGGGGGCGGCGCCUCGCGCGUGUGCAGGCCGGCCCCUGGCUGGGCCUCACAGGGACAGCCCGCGGGUAGCAGGCGCCGGGGCCAAGUGUUAGCGCAGGUGGGGGCUCGGCUCCUCCAGCAGCGGGCGCGAGUCUCGUGUGUGGUCGGUGCAGUCGUUUUCCCUGCAGAUCUGCACACCAGAGCCACGGGGGCCCGUGUGGACGACCUGUGUUCUUUCAGAGUGAGGUUGCUGCGCCUCAGCAAACACCUCGCCCUUUGCCCGGCAGAACCAAGAAAAGGAGGUGCCUCGCCAGUCAGUGCCUACUCACAUACAUCUCAAAGAAGGGGGCCCUCAGGCCCCGGCUGUCGCAGCCAGGUUUGGGUAAGGAGGCCCCCCCAUGGCGUGGCUCCUUCCUGCCUUCCCAGCCCCUUCAGCCAGGGCAGCGACAGGGGGCAGAGGCUGGCCGCGGCCCGGGGCUCCAGGGGGAAGCCGGGCCCACGCGCGCCGCCUGAGCUGGUGAAGGGUGCGCCCCUCCUCCCCAGUGGCUCAGGUCUGAGCGCAGGGAGAGUGAGGCCAGCCGGCAGGUGCUGCUCGUCUCCCAGGGCUCUUUCCUGAGAGAAGUGUUGUCAUGUCAACCAGAAGCGCGUCUGCGACCUGCGGGUGCUCCCUGGGGCCCCUGGGCUCAGCUGCCCGUCGCGGAGCUCGGUGCUCCCGCUGCUCUUGGCCCGUGGCUGCUCUCCUCUGCUGUGCCCGCUGGCGUCCGUGGCCCUGGCACGGCGCAGCGCCCCUUCCCCGCCCCGCGCGUAUGAUGAAGUGUGCGUCCUUUGGGGCCCAACGGACUUUACCUGCCCCCGGAGAGUUUUAGGCGUCCUGUGUUGCUUGUUUACGUCAUAAGCAAUGUGUCCCUUCUUCUCUCAGUAAAGGGAGAAAAGCCUCUUUAGCUGUGUAAUACCUAUACAACAGAAACCAAGAAGCUGUCAUUUGGACAAAAAAAAAAAAGAGCGAGAGCGAGAGAGACUAGCAUCUUCUAUUUAUUGUGGGAAGGAAAGGAGGUAGGGUGAGUGGAAAGGUAGAGACUCCAACCACCAGGACUGGAAAAGAGCUCCUGUCCCCCGUCCUGCGCCCCCAGCUGGUCAGCAGCUUCCCUGCUCCGGAAUGAUCUGGGCUCUGGCAGCAUCACAGAUCCAUCAGAUCUGUGCUGGGGGGGGGGGGGGGGGGGAUUGGGGGGUUGACAUGUGUCCACAGGGGCGCUGCCUGGAAGGCUCCUCCCCCCCCUCAAGCACCAUAGACUAUUCUGUUUCUUCUUCCAGCGGGCCUUUUCCCCCGGAACUGCAGGCCAGGCUCAGGAGGACUGAGCCAAUGUCCUUCCUCCCUGGGGUCGGGGUCGGGGUGGGGGGAUGGGAAUGCUUCUAAACCAGGCGUCCACCACUACCUUGCUCUGCUUCCUUUGGAAGUGUCUUCUGUGUGAAUGGCUAGGGCUGCAAGGAAAGGGACACCUCACUCUGAAGAAAGAGAACAGGGAAAGGCCAUAAACAAAGACAGACUUGUUGUUUAUUUUGUAUUUUUUUAAAUAAAUACACUUUACAUGAAAGAAAAAAGGCCUUUGAUUUGUAAUUUCCACAUUGGGGAGAAAGGGAG